ACAGUCGGGGUCGCUGCGAAGUGGAUAGAAUCAUGGCCCUACUGAUCACGGCUCUGUCCUCCGCACUGACGGACUCAUCGGGGAUCGCGAAGCGGAUGGAGCAGCGAGGACGAAGCAGGAGGGAGCUCCAGAUCUGCGGAUGGAGAAUAAUUUAAAAUUAUACAUUUACGUGCGUUGUCCAUCACUUCUGCAGGCAGUGGCAUAAUAAUCCCCCCUCCCCUCUUGCAGGGCGCCGAUGGCACUGGCUCUCUCGCCGCAGUGUUCGUCUGUUUCCCCCUUCCAUUCGACCUGGCUUCGCAUUCUGCGCUGGUGGCUCUAGAACUGUGUUUCCAUACAUCUGUGUCGGAGUUCUAUAGUCCGAAUCUGUUGUCUUCUGCCUGAGUUUGGGGUUCGCCACGCCGGAGUUGCUGUAGCAUUGGACGAAUUGACAGGGUUGCGACGAAGACGUUUGCAGCGUGCUUGAGGUUUAGAGCCAUCUACUAUCACUCCAGAGGACAACGCAUCCAGGGGAAUAGUGUCGUCGACUUUCCAGUAGCAAUACUUAAUCCAGUCAAUAUUCUGGGUUCUUACCAUGGGGAAAGGGAGGGGAUUUGGAGGCAUGCGAUCGACGUCAAUGGACGGCAGCUAUGGAAGGAUUAAGCGUGGUAAAGAUCUCUGUAGUAUCAGCGAACUUCGUGCCACUGAGGUACCUUGCUCAAAUUUUGGGUACGAGCGAGUGAGCAAGAAGUCUCUUGAUCGUAGGUUGAGCUUUUCGUGGAGCAGGAAAUCCUCAAAGAAUAAUUUCGAUACAUCUAGAGUCGGAGACGCUGUAAUCGAAUCCCAGUCAGCAGCUUCUUCGUGUACAGUUGCAACAGAAAGUGGCUCAAAUCAGGAGCCAAGAAGGAAGAGUCUGUUCGGCAUCAGAAAUUUCAUGGUCGGUAUUCUAGACUCUUACAAAAAGAUAAUGCAGUCCGCCGAGGACUCCAACGUGCGAUUCUCCGAUCUUUAUCCAAGGAAUGCUAUGAUGGCUCCUGUCACUCCUGCCACACGCAGCAGCAGCAUAAAGUAUGUGUCUCCCUCGCCUGGCGUUGGCCGACAUUCAUUCGUUACCGUGGAGGAAGCGUUUCGUGAGAGAUAGCAAGUUUUCAACAACAGCGACAUUGAUCGCUUCCGAUGUUCUCUGUCGAACAUCUUUUUGUACCGCGAUUUUGAACACGGGCAGUCAAGGUCUUCAGAUUAUUGCGCAAUUGGAUAAUCCACGAUGUGGCGCUGGAUAUGAGUCCUAUUUGGAAGAAAUUCGUGGUUGCAAAGCUCUGCGACCAAUCCAGAGGCGAACCCGUCAGACUCUUUACAUUAGUGUUGGGGUUGAAAUACCUGUUCAAUUCUGUUUGUUUCAUAAUUGUCGGCUUGUUGGGUCUAGGAGAAACCUCCCUCGAAAAACUACUCCAGUGAAUUGAUGGGACAUGUCUUGUAAGUCGAGGUGUAGAAUAGCUUUGCAGUAAGUUAUACUGAUGCCAGAAACAACUACGUCGACAGUCUCGUCUUGUUGCUCAAACGGAUGGGACGCGAGGCAUGUCUUGAAAAUACCUGGACGAUUUGUCCAUAAACAUUGUAAGCUGAGCGAGGUGACAGCCGAUAGGUAAACCUAUUUGCGACUUGAUCUGUGUGGUCCCUUUUCACACAUUGUGUUGGCCCCCAGCUAUCGAAUUUGAAAACAUUAUUCUGAUGGAAUUCUCAACAUCAUUCAACAA